AUGUGUUUCAAAUACAAGAAAUACAAGAAAGAUCAUGAGGACACUCCGAUUAAAAAGGAUGGCUCUGGUUUAGAAUGCCCUCAAGACCAAAGAGUCGCUCCUGAAAUAGACGAACUUUAUAGCCAAUCAAACAAUGUUACUGAAGCGUACAUUUAUGGUGACAAUACAUUUGGCGAGCAUUUAUGGAUCGUUUGUAAAAUUCGGGCUAACAGCGGGGAUGAAUAUUUUUUUAUUUCUUCUAAAUCAAAGGCUAAACAUAUUUCUUACUAUACAUUACGCCGCGAAACUGCUGUUAGAUUGGGAAAUCUUGAAUAUAAAAACUAUAAAAGUGCCGUACUUAAAAAAUUCAAGUCUUUGAGGGAUACUCGUGUCAGCAGUCUAAACCAAAUUGUCCAAAAGUGCACCAAAAAUUAUAAUUAUUUCAAAGCUAACUGCAGGGAUUAUGCAAAUGGCAUUUAUAACAGUUUAAAAUAG